AUGUCUGUAGAACGUGUCCCAAAUAUUUUCUGGAUACUUUUCCUUUUUGUAGUUAUAAAACCUGCAUUUGGAGGUUUUUAUCCCUGUGGAGAUAAAAAUGGAAUAAACCCUGAAGAAGCCAAUGCCGUGAUGGAGGAUUGGCCCAGAAAUCUGCAAGUGGCUAGCGUUAAUAAAACCCACAAGUGCUAUGUGUCUUGCAUUCUCUGGUACUAUGGAUUUAUAGAUUCUUUGGGAAAUGUUCGCCUGGAUAAAUACUUCGAUCUGGGGAUUAUAGAUGAGUAUGCAUUUGCACCGACUCUCAACUAUUGUAACUACCAGUAUAGAAAUGAGACCGAUUUAUGUGAGCGUACUUUUGGUGUGUUUCAUUGUUUUAGACUCGAGAAAUUAAGGACAAUUUAA